AUGAAAACAUCGAACGCUACUUCAAACAAAAAGUUUGUGAUAAAAUGUUUCCUGGUAUUUGUGGAUAUAAGAAAAAAAAAUGGCAUAAUCUGUGUAACCGUUUUAGACCAAGGAAAAGUAAGCCUGUGGCCUGUUAUUUCGGCCACAAGAAUCCUCACUAAUGAUUCGAGUUAUUCAUUUAAAACCAACAGUCAAGAACAAGAAAGUAUACGACCUGAGAGAGACGCAGAAAAGAAAGAAAAACUUAUUCAAUUGUGGGAUCUAUUUGUGUAUCUAAUUGAAAUCUGUAAAAGCGAUGAUGUGAUAGUAACAAAUGAAAAAUGGUUAGAAUUAUCAACAGAAUUUGGAAAGCAAUACUGUACUCUUUUUAACAAGAAUAUCACCUCCUACCUACAUUUAUUCAUCGCUCAUUUUGGUGAUAUCUUAGAUAGGUUUGGAGGAUUGUUGGAGCGUUUGGCAAACUUUGGAAUUGAAAAUAGGCACAAGUUCAUCAAGCUUAUUGUUUCCUGUUCAAACUUUCAUUUUGCUACUGAAACAUUUUACAAGACUCUGUUCGUAAAAUGCUAUCGUUGGUCGCGACCAGUUUCAAGAUCACAAGACAAGGAGAAGAUCGAUCUCUCUGACCACCAAUGGUCAUAUGCCGAGAAACGUAAGAGCCUGAUAGUCACCGAUAUUAACACUGGCGUUUGUUGGAGUGCUAAAGUAGCAAAAAAUACAUCCUUCAAAUCUUACGAUCAUGGAUACUACCGUAACUAUUGCAAGCACAUUAUAAAGGUCUUAAGAGAGAUUGAUGUUGACGAACCUACAAUUAGACGACUAUUUGACGAUAACUGCAGGCGUCUUAGUUUAUCAAAUCAGAACAUCUACACAUGGAUUACAUGCCAAUUUACAAACUUGCCAAAUGUUACCUACAAUGACGAUUGUACUGAUACUAUACCACAUGAAAAUCAAUGUUCAUCUGACCUCGUUUUAGAAAUUUAUACAUCUGAUAGUAAUAAUUCAACAAGUUCAUUUAAAAAAAUUCUACCAAUAAAUGUAAACAAUAAUUAA